UAUGUGUGUAGCGUUGAUCAUAUUCUCGCAUCUCGUCCUGAGAACAGAUCGAGCGCGAAAACUUCGAAGCUUCUUUACAUCGCGCGUCUAUGAUGGAUAGUGAUGUCCGCGUGUUUAAUAUAAGCAUGGAUACGAUUCCGUUGGAUUCGUCGAUUGUCGAAGACUCGGAGACGGAGGUGAUCGAACUGGAUACUAGUUACAACACGAAAGUUAUCUCCUGUCUCGACGAUGAAGUUCAGGUCUACAGUACGAAGAGCAUCAGUCACGCCUCGACUCCGGACGACAUCGAAACGAUUGAAACGAGAGUCAAUUCGCGGAGAGAUUCGCAAUUCGUUCGGUCGAACGACAACAACUCGCAACCCGUCUUUAAGGUUAUGUUUCGUGACGAGAGUAUCUCAAGGCGAUAUCGGCGACAAAUAAAAGACUUCUUGUAUACUUUAGUGCGCUCAAAACCUCGUCGUAAGAAAGACUUAAAUGAAUCAAGUCUGACUUUAGAAAUUUGGGAUGAUGGAGUUGAUUCCAAAGAUAAAAAGUUUGUAGAAAACGAUGAUAUACAAUGCAGUGACACAUCUGAUUUUUUAUUUACAAUUGAUAAACAACCGAAUGUAAAGAAUGAUAUGGAUAUUCCGACUUAUGGUCAGAAAUAUGAAAAUACAUUUGAAGAAUCAGUUCAUGAGACACCAAAAGAUUUCAUGCCAAGAUUAAGUUGCUUUAAUUGUAAUGGAAAUCAUAAUUUGCGAGAUUGUCCAUUGCCUAGAAAUCAAAGCAAUAUUAAUAAAAAACGUAAAGAGUUUGCUUCAAAACAUAAUAUGGGAGUCCGAUAUCACUUGAGUGAGGACCAAAGAUUUAGUCAUAUGGUUCCUGGUCAAUUAAGCCAAAAAUUGCGAAAGGCUCUUGGAUUGAAAGACAAUCAAUUACCUAGGCACAUAUAUAGAAUGAGAUUACUUGGCUACCCUCCAGGGUGGUUGGAAGAAGCACGUUUACAACAUUCUGGUUUAUCGCUGUUCAAUUCUGAUGGAAUAGCGGAAAAUGAUACACAUAAAGAAGGUGAAAUCAUCAUAGAUAGAAAUAAAGAUCAAUAUGACAUUAAAAAAAUAUAUGAUUUUCCUGGUUUUAACGUGCCACCUCCUUCUGGUAUCUCAGACGAGAGCCACAACUAUUGGGUACCGCAAAUGCAAUCUAUACAUAGUAAACAGGUAAUGUUAUUACAUUUGCAAGGCAAAGAAACAGACGAUGGUUACAAACGUAAAAAGCUGAAAUUACCUCCACCAGUUAAUGUAAAUGUAGCAACAAUCAGUGAUAUGGAAAUAGAAGAUGCAGAAGUAGAAAAUAUUGUGGAGAAUCUGUCUGUUAAUGGGCAUUUUGUACCACCGUUACCGAAAGAAUCAGUGGAAGUACCACCACCACCACCACCACCACCACUACCACCACCACCACCACCACCACCGCCGCCAGAGUUACCUCAAACAGAUGAUUCAGAUUCGCAGUCACAAGAAUUGCCUUCGUCCGAUUCUGCAGACGACACUACUUCGAACAGAAAUUCGCCAUCCUUGUCUGAAUUAGAAAGAACGAAAAAAGUAUUACUUAUGGAAAUUGAAGAGGUCAAUUCGCAUUCUAAUUCUGAUUUUAUAUUAACUAAAAACGAUUCGAAUACUGUGUUUAUAUCGGAAACGCCAUUUUCCAGUAUUACGACUACCCCUUGUACUUCGAGAAGAUCUUCAGUUCAAGAUUCUGUAAAGUCGGAUUUACAGUACUGUUCUGAUAUAUCACUUAAAAAUGAUUUCAAUACUAUGAUUACAUUGGACACCUUAGCUUCCGAUAAAAUGUCUCAAUUUGAUUCUACUCCAAUUCGUUCUACUUCGCACAGAUCUUCAGAUACAAAUCAAGCUAGUGUCAAGUCGGUACAUUUAGGUACACCAAUAUUGCCAAGUACCUCUCCUUAUAGUAAAUUACCAUCGUCAGAAAAAUUUUCCAAAGAUAUUUCUGACGUAAUCAAUUUCGAAAAUUUACCUGACUCAACGGGUAAAUUUGAACAGAUGUCGGGAGUAUUGCAAAAAGUUAGAAGCACUAUGGCAAGAUUGCAUCAACAAGAAUAGAUUCAUUAAGAGCUAAUAUAUA